ACAUACUGGGGCAGACUUAACCAUCUGUACUAUAUUGUAAAUUAAAUCAUUAAGAAGAUGCAAAGCUGCGCAAGAUCCUGGGGUGUAAUCAUCACCAAGUCCGUCAAUAAUUGCGUACAUUUCAAAAAUGUUUGUGGGAAAAGACAAUUUUUCCAAAAGCUACAAGGGCAAGCAAGAAACGCAGGUGUAUCUGUGAGCGUACGUGGUUUGAGAACAUCAGUGGUUCUGGGGUCCAGAAAGAUAGAGAGAAUUCUGCCAAGGCACGAUGAUUUUGCUGAGAGGCAUAUUGGACCAGGUGACAAAGAGAAAAGUGAGAUGCUCGGUGCUCUUGGACUUGAGUCGAUUGAGGAGCUGAUAGACAAAACACUACCACCCUCCAUCCGUUUGCAGAGGACUAUGAAAAUGGACGACCCUGUCUGUGAAAAUGAAAUUCUUGACUCACUCCAAAAAAUUGCCUCUGAGAACAAGCUGUGGAGAUCCUACAUUGGAAUGGGCUACUAUAACUGCUCUGUGCCACCUGUGAUCCAGAGAAAUCUUCUGGAAAAUUCCGGAUGGGUGACACAGUAUACACCUUACCAGCCAGAGGUUUCCCAGGGGCGUCUGGAGAGUCUGCUGAAUUACCAGACCAUGGUGUGUGAUAUCACCGCGUUACCCGUCGCCAAUGCCUCUCUGCUGGAUGAAGGCACCGCGGCUGCAGAGGCUAUGCAGCUCUGCCACAGGCAAAAUAAGAGGAGAAUAUUCUACAUGGACCCGCGCUGUCAUCCGCAGACCAUUGCAGUCGUACAAACCAGAGCCAAUUAUAUUGGAGUAAAGACUGUGCUGAAGUUGCCUCAUGAGAUGGAUUUCAGUGGGAACGAUGUUAGUGGAGUGCUUUUCCAGUACCCUGACACUGAGGGCCGGGUGGAGGAUUUCACCGCUCUGGUGGACAGAGCCCAUAAGGGUGGAGCACUGGCUUGCUGUGCCACUGACUUGUUGGCUCUGUGUGUCCUACGUCCUCCUGGUGAAUUUGGGGUGGACGUUGCCCUUGGCAGCGCCCAGAGGUUUGGAGUGCCACUCUGUUACGGAGGACCUCAUGCCGCUUUCUUUGCAGUGAAGGACAAACUGGUGCGAAUGAUGCCGGGCAGAAUGGUCGGAGUGACCAGAGACGCGACUGGUAAGGAAGUGUAUCGUCUGGCUCUCCAGACGAGGGAACAGCAUAUUCGCCGAGACAAAGCCACCAGCAACAUCUGCACCGCACAGGCCCUCCUUGCGAACAUGGCUGCCAUGUUUGCAUUGUAUCAUGGUCCACAAGGUCUCAGACACAUUGCUGAGAGAACCCAUAAUGCUGCCUUAAUACUGGCUGAGGGUUUAAAACGCGCAGGGCACAAGCUCCAGCAUGAGAUGUUUUUCGACACGUUGAAGAUUCACUGCGGGGUCGCUGCCAAAGACAUUUUGGAAAAGGCCGCGCAGCGUGAAAUCAACCUUCGGGUCUACAGCGAGGGGAUACUUGGUGUCUCCCUGGAUGAGACGGUUGCAGAGAGAGACCUGGAUGAUUUGCUCUGGAUUUUUGGAUGCGAGUCCUCAGCAGAACUCAUUGCUGAGAAAAUGAGUGAGAGAACAAAGGGACUUCUGGCAAGUCCUUUCAAAAGAACCAGCAAGUUCCUCACUCACCCUGUGUUCAAUUGUUACCACUCAGAGACCAACAUUGUCCGCUAUAUGAAACGUCUGGAAAAUAAGGACAUUUCUCUUGUGCAUAGUAUGAUUCCAUUGGGCUCCUGCACUAUGAAACUGAACAGCUCUGCAGAACUCAUGCCAAUCACCUGGAAGGAAUUUGCGAACAUCCACCCCUUUGUGCCGCUGGAGCAGGCUGAAGGUUAUCAGAAGCUCUUCAGGCAGUUAGAGAGGGACCUCUGUGAGAUCACUGGAUAUGACAACAUUUCAUUCCAACCAAACAGUGGGGCUCAGGGAGAAUACGCUGGCCUGGCUGCAAUCAAAGCCUAUCUCAACUCCAAAGGAGAAUCGCACAGAACCGUCUGUCUGAUUCCCAAGUCUGCCCAUGGAACCAACCCUGCCAGUGCUCAGAUGGCUGGACUUAAGGUUCAGGUGGUGGAGACAGAUAAAGAUGGAAACAUUGACAUGGCACACCUGAAAGCAAUGGUGGACAAACACAAAGCCAACCUGGCUGCCAUAAUGAUCACAUAUCCCUCUACCAAUGGUGUGUUUGAGGAGAAUGUAAGUGAAGUAUGUGACCUCAUUCACCAGAAUGGUGGCCAGGUGUACUUGGAUGGAGCCAAUAUGAAUGCACAGGUGGGGCUGUGUCGACCUGGAGAUUAUGGUUCUGAUGUCUCUCACUUGAACCUUCAUAAAACAUUCUGUAUUCCUCACGGAGGUGGUGGCCCAGGAAUGGGACCCAUUGGAGUGAAGCAGCACUUGGCACCUUUUCUCCCGUGUCACCCAGUGGUCACCAUGUCUGAUAAUAUGUUAAAGUCGUUGGGUACCAUCAGCGCUGCUCCCUGGGGCUCCAGUGCCAUCUUACCCAUCUCAUGGGCUUACAUUAAGAUGAUGGGAGCAAAGGGUUUGGUUCAUGCUACAGAAAUAGCCAUCCUUAAUGCCAACUACAUGGCUAAGAGACUGGAGAACCAUUACAAGAUCCUUUUCAAGGGUUCAAAAGGGUUUGUGGCCCAUGAAUUCAUUCUUGAUGUAAGACCAUUCAAAAAAACAGCAAACAUUGAGGCUGCAGAUGUUGCAAAAAGGCUGCAGGAUUAUGGUUUCCAUGCUCCCACCAUGUCAUGGCCUGUGGCGGGCACGCUGAUGAUCGAGCCCACUGAGUCAGAGGACAAGGCUGAGAUGGAUCGCUUCUGCGAUUCACUCAUCGCCAUUCGUCAGGAAAUCGCUGAAAUCGAGGAGGGCAGGAUGGAUUCCCGGGUGAAUCCUUUGAAGAUGGCUCCUCACUCCCUGGCCUCUAUUGCAUCAUCAACGUGGGACAGACCAUACUCCAGGGAAUAUGCUGCUUUUCCCAUGCCUUUUGUGAGACCUGAGACCAAGUUCUGGCCCACGAUUUCACGGAUUGAUGACAUCUACGGCGACCAGCAUCUGGUUUGCACCUGCCCGCCCAUGGACGUCUACGAGUCUCCGUACGAGGAGAGGGCUUCGUCGUGAUGGGUCGCGUGACAUCGGUGUUUUACACUUGCAGUAAUCCAAAUGAUUCCUUUCCGUGAAACUCUCCACUUUAAUGAACUUUCGGUGUUUCAGUGGUGUUCCAAUCUCUUUGGUAAGCUGCUCAAAAACUUGCAAUGAGGAAUGGAAUAUGUCAUUCACCUUACCAAACUCCACCCUUUCUCUACUAAAGGCAUUCCAGGCUUGGAUCAAAGUUAGAAAUCAACAUGUAUAGGCUUUUUGUUUUAUAUUGUCUUCCCAUGUAUGGAAAAAAAAAAAAAUUUAAAUGUAUUUUUGACUCAUGUGCGUAGCUAAUAUUCACUGCCAAUAUUCUUGAUGUUAACAUUAAUUUUUAUAGAUGUAAUGUUUUCCAAUUAUUUAAAAACAAUAUCUUAGAUAUGACCUGUUGUAGUUUUUAAAAUGAGUUUUCAGAAGAAGCAAACAUUAAAGAAAAAUUUGUUUUCACAUUGAUAUUUAUCAUAGAGGUUUCAAGAAUGUACGUCUUUCAAAAAGGUGUCAAAUUUAAUAAUAGCUCUGGAGAGAAUAUUCCUCGUGGAAAAGACUCAAAAAUGAUUGUGAAUGCAAACUAAAUUAUAGACUAGGAAAAAUGAA